AUGGCCGAACAUGAUGGCAGACACCUUGGACUCUAUUCCCAGUGUGGAAUCUGUACAGAUAUGAUAUUCAGACAUGAAAGGGUGAUAGCAAUCUAUGGCAACCAUGAUUCGGCGUCUUUCAGUGGCCGCACCCGACCUUUCCCUUUCCCACAGCCCGGCUACCUCAUGACCGAGGUUGAUGGCUUUCGCUUAUGCCGCUACCCGAACUGCAAGAAGUGCGCUCUCUCACCAGAGUUUGUUCCAAUUCACUUCGACUGUUAUUCGAUCUUUAUCAAGGAGUGCCCUAUUCAAGAUACGGAUGCCUUGCGCCGGCUCUGGGUGCGCUCUGCGUGGAGAACACCUUGGCGAGGGGCGCAACCUCUUUAUCUUUCUGGCCAGCAAGUAGGAUCAGACAUGCUGAAGAGAAUGUCCGAGAUGUGCGGUCUGCCCGAAAUGUGCCGCUUGCCGCGUGAGCUGCUCGAGGAUGGUCUGCUGCGUCUCAAACUGCCAUACACACGACCUGCACUCCCAAUGUGGAACACGCCUACACCGCCAGAUCUGUCCUCCUGUAAAGCUUAUGGCUCAAGCUUUUCGUCCUCGCAGUGUUUUCAUGCCGUUGAAGCGGACAGAAUAAGCGGUAUAACCUUUUUCUUCUCCUCGGGCCAGCUCUUUGGCAUCCACGUUCACAACUCGGAAGAAUCAACCGCUAUAGCUACCUACGAAGGUUUCAGCAGAAGACGCCAACGAGGUAUUAUUUGGAUCUAUCUGCCUAUCUCCAAGAACGAUAGGAUACUUGUUCUUGGUGUUCGUCAAGGACGUCGGGCGGGUACGAACAUCCUUAUGAGGACAAGACACGUCGGUGAUAUCAUCAUUGGAGAACACAUUGUAGGUGAAUUCAAGGAUAUGUGUCUGGGCAGGUCUGCCCCUAUGACCAUAGUCUACGGCGAGCCCCGAGAGGGAUCCCCAGUCACAUUCUUUGGUGCAUAUUGCAAGCCUACCUGCCAGCCUGAACUUCCCAGCCCAUUUCCAUUGGUAAGAUCCAGCCCUAAUCCUCUCGGUGCCGAGGCAUACUUCUCUUGGGCAUCUCUGGACUGUAUCUCAUCGACCUUGACCUUCAAAGACCGGGAAACCGGAUUUUGUAAAGGUAUAAUGUUUCAGUACCAAAAUGGUGGCUGUCGAACGGUUGGACAAUGUCGCUGGCAUCUAGAUUUGGUCACAAGAGUCGAACAUCCACACGUAUUUCAGUACAAAACUGAGUCGUAUCCGUCGCGCUGGAAUACGCUGCUCCAUGCAGUACGAGUGAAGUUCCAGCAUCAUUCACAAGACCAACGAGCCGACGAAGACUGGAAAUGCCAGCCACUAAAUGGCUUUGUACAAUUCUGGUUCACAAGUGAAUCGACGUGUUUGGCUAUAGAAAGUGGGUAA